GCAGGCCUACCCUCGAAACGAGGAAAACAAUACGUCACGCCGUAGGGCGUGGCGUGGGCAAAGCGUGUUACGCUUUAAGAAUUUGGUGGCUGCCUACGCUACAACAAGACUCGAUAUCCAACAAACGAGUCGACAUUAUCGCGACAAUGUCAUUUCUCAAUUUUAUUGAGAUUACCAAAGCCAAGCGCGAUAGUGUAUCAGUCGACAUUGUCGCGAUAAUGACGUUCUUUAAUUUUGUUGAGAUUACCAAAGAUGACUACCACAGUGGGACUGCAACGGCACAGAAGGGACUCGAACACUUGUCGGUCUCUGGGUGA